GCACGCAGUGUCCCUUCGAUCUCUCUCUCUUUUUUCUGCAUUUAUCUUCUGUAUUUGCACCAUCUUCGCUUAUACAGCUGCUAUGGAAGGGAAAGUCCAUGUACAGUGUACCCUGUGUGGGUGAUGGCCCACCCUAAGGUUAUGGGAAACAGCCGCCGACAAAGACCGCGUCUCUCUAUGUAUGCUAGGGAACGUAUUCGGCAGUUGCUGGCAGAAGGGUAUACCAGUUGUCAAGUUGUGACCGCCUUGACGCAGGAAGUGAAUUGUUACAUAAACUGUGGUAUGGUGAAACCAUCAAUAUCCGGGAGAGCAAAGUGUCUU